GUCUCUGUGUCGUCUGUCUGUGUGAGAGUGAACAACAGUCCAAAUGGCUCAGCAGGCAGUUCUGCUGGACCAGGACCAGUUCUGUUGUUCUGUCUGCCUGGAUCUACUGAAGGAACCAAUCACCAUCCCCUGUGGACACAGUUACUGUAGAAGCUGUAUUGAGGGCUGCUGGGAUCAGGAUGUUCUGAAAGGCUAUAGCUGUCCUCAGUGCAGACAGACCUUCACUCCAAGGCCUACUCUGAGGAAAAAUAACAUGUUGGCUGAGGUGGUGGAGAAACUGAAGAAGACAGGACUCCAGGCUGCUCCCCCUCCUGCUCUGUGCUAUGCUGAACCUGUAGAUGUGGCGUGUGAUUUCUGCACUGGGACCAGAAAGCAGAAAGCCCUCAUGUCCUGUCUGGCGUGUCUGGCCUCUUACUGUGAGACUCACCUCCAAUCUCACUAUGAAUCUCCUGCUUUCAAGAAGCACAAGCUGGUCAAAGCCACCGCACAACUACAGGAGAAGAUCUGCUCUCAUCAUGACAAACUGCUGGAGGUUUACUGUCGUACCGAUCAGCGGUGUAUCUGUUAUCUGUGUACAAUGGAUGAACACAAAGGUCAUGAUACAGUGUCAGCUUCAGCAGAGAGGACGGAGAAACAGAGGCAGCUGGGGAUGAGUCAGCAGAAGGUCCAGCAGAGAUUCCAGGAGAGAGAGAAGGAGCUGAAGGAGCUCCAACAGGCUGUGGAGUCUUUCAAGCACUCUGCACAGGCAGCAGUGGAGGACAGUGAGAAGAUCUUCACUGAGCUGAUCCGCUCCAUUGAGAGAAGGCGCUCUGAGGUGAAGGAGCUGAUCAGAGCCCAAGAGAAGGCUCAAGUGAAUCAAGCUGAAGGACUCCUGGAACAAGUGGAACAGGAGAUAGCAGAGCUGAGGAAGAGAAGCACUGAGCUGGAGCAGCUCUCACACACAGAGGAUCACAUCCAUUUCCUCCAGAGUUAUCAGUCUCUCUCCAGUAUCAGUGUAUCUUCAGACUUACCCAGCAUCGUUGUCCGUCCUCUUCAAUACUUUAGAGAUGUGAGUAAGACUGUGUCUGAACUGAGAGAGAAACUAGAAGACUUCCUUAAAGGAGAAUGGACCAAGAUCUCCACUACAGUGGAUGUUGUACUGCCUCCAGAGCCCAAGACCAGAGAACAGUUGUUACAAUAUUCCUGUCAGCUCACACUGGACCCAGACACAGCACACACACACCUCUCUCUGUCUGAAGGGAACAGAAAGGUGACCUAUACAGGCCAAGUCCAACCAUAUCCUGAUCAUCCAGACAGAUUCACAAAUGACUUGAUGGUGCUGUGUAGAGAGGGUCUGUCUGGACGCUGUUACUGGGAGGUGGAGUGGAGUGGGCGGUGGGUUAUUAUAGCAGUCUCAUAUAAAGACAUCAGCAGAACAGGGAGAGGUAACGCAUUUGGAUUGAAUGACAAGUCCUGGAGUUUACAAUGCUCUAGUAAUGGUUAUUGUCUCAGACACAAUCAUGUUGUGACUAAAGUAUCAGGCCCUCAGUCCUCCAGAGUAGGAGUGUACCUGGAUCACAAGGCAGGUACUCUGUCCUUCUACAGUGUCUCUGACACAAUGACCCUCCUCCACAGAGUCCAGACCACAUUCACUCAGCCACUCUAUCCUGGGGUUUGGCUCAAUAGUAAUAAUGGUACUGCUGAGCUGGUUAAACUGUAGUAGGGUCCACAUAGAUACUAGUCAUGCUGGUGUAGUCUAUAGCUGAGCUGGUUAAACUGUAGUAGGGUCCACAUAGAUACUAGUAAUGCUGGUGUAAUCUAUAGCUGAGCUGGUUAAACUAUAGUAGGGUCCACAUAGAUACUAGUCAUGCUGGUGUAGUCUAUAGCUGAGCUGGUUAAGUUGUAGUAGGUUCCACAUAGAUAGUAGUCAUGCUGGUGUAGUCUAUAGCUGA